GCUAGCCAAUCAGAAGCGGAGUAGGGCGGGUCGUGACUUCGCCACCCUGGGACAGAAAUUAGCGUCCGGUGUCCGGUUAGAAUCAUUAAACUAACCGGAAAACGGAAACAAAAAGUCUGUCAGCGACAUUAACGCGACCGGAGCGGCGGUGGAGAAGUUUCACAUUUGGCUUAAAAACUGUUUACAGACACAUUUGACGUCAGAGUCGACAGAAGCUCGUGGGUAACAGUUAGCUAACAGUUAGCUAACCGGAGCUAACAGGAUUAGCUUUAAAUGGCUGUGAAGAGGAGCACGAGGCGGAAGCAGCAGGGGGGCAAACCAACGUCACUGAAUCACCUGUAAAGAUGAAGAUUGAUCCGUCCACCAGAGGGCAACGAGGAGCUGAUUUCUCAUCAAUAAAAGGAUGCUCCAGGGGCCGUACGGCAGCCUGGACCGGGACCGGCCCCUGAUCCGGCUCCAGUUCACCGGCUUCGCUGUGGGGACGGUUCUGCUCCCUCUGACCGGCCUCAUCGGCUGCCUGUUCAUCGCGCUCAUGUACCACUACGAGGACGCCACGUACACACACUGCCACGUGUCCAACUACCUGCCGUCCAUCAGCGCCGCCAUCAGCCGCGUGCCGGAGCGCUACAUCUGGCGCUGCUGCAUCGGCCUGCACUCGGCGCCGCGCUACCUGGUGUCCGCCGCCUACUUCAGCUUCUACCGCGGACGCUUCGCCAAGAGGCUGCCGGAGCUGCUGCUGAGCGGCCUCGCUCUCCUCUGCAGCCUCGCUGAGAACACCGGCCUGCUGCUGCUCACAUACGUGUCGUCCACCGAGACCUACAGUGUUCAUAAAAACGGUUUCAUCGUGUUCAUAGCGAGCUCGCUGCUGCACAUGCUCAUUACAUGCAGACUGUGGCAGGUGAUCAGGAGACACUACGUGAACCCAGAGGAAAUUACAUCAUAUCGUUGGAAGCUUCGUCUCUUCCUGUUUAACGUCAGCUGUUGUGCGGCCGCCGCAUACUUCUUCAGACGCCACAAUAAGUUCUGUGAGUCUGGAGUCUACACUCUGUUCGCCCUCUCCGAGUACCUGGUGGUCUUCUCCAACAUGGCCUUCCACAUGACGGCCUUCUGGGACUUCGGGAGCAAAGAGGUGCUCGUGGGCACGCCGCCGGAGGACAAGCGGUACUGAGCGGCAGCCUCACUGGUUGACUCUGUAGAAGAAAAGGUGGAAGCUAACCCAGCGACGGGACCCGAGUGUGAACGUGAGAUCAUUCCAGCCACACCUGUGACCUUCUGGAGCCACAGCGUUCAAACGGUUCAGACGGGUUUAAAGCAGGACAUUAUUCAUCCACACUCUCUGAGCAAGUGUUUGUCUGCCAGAAACUUUUAAGAAAUAAAGGAAAUCUCUCUGAAAAGAA